AUGCUGCGGUUUGGGCAUCUUGGGCCAUUCGACCCCGUUUCUGAUGAUUGGUCUCAUUACGUCGAAUGCCUAGUGUUCUUCUUUAUCGCUAAUGACAUUGCGGGGGAGGACAACAAGAGGGCGAUUCUUUUGUCCACAUGCAGGAGCAAAACAUAUGGGCUGAUCCACAGCUUCACGUCACCUAACACGCCCAAUACCAAGACUUUCGACGAGUUACGUACCAUGGAAAAUCUACUUCAAGGACUUCCCGGUGUCAUUGUUUAUAUGGAUGAUGUCUUAGUUACUGGACUAGCUGACAAGGAACGCUUCACUUAUUUGGAGGAGGUGCUGAAAUGCUACUUACAAAUAGUUCAAGGGAAAUAUUUCAAGAAAUGUAGACCAAUGAUAGCCUUUACUUUCUGUUACAACUUGGAGGAAGUCACAACCACUUCGAUCAGUAGGAGUAAGAGCAGGAGCUGGAGUAGGAGCAGGAGUAGUAGGAAGAGCAGGAGUAAAAGCAGGAGUAGGGGUAGGGGUAGCAGCAGGAGGAAGAGCACGAGAACGAGGAGGAAUAGAAGUAGGAGCAGGAGUAUGCGUAGGAGUAGGAGUAGGAGUAAGAGCAGGGGCAGGAGCAGGAACAGGAGUAGGAGUAGGAGCAGGAGUAGGAGUAGGAGCAGGCAUAGGACUACGAGUAGGAAUUGGAGCAGGAGCAGGAGUAAGAGCAGGAGUAGGAGUAGGAGUAGGAGUAGGAAUAAGAUCAGGAGCAGGAGUAGGAGCAGAAGUUGGAGUAAGAGCAGUUGCAGGAGCAGGAGUAGGAGUAGGAGUAGGAGUAAGAGCAGGAGCAGGAGCUGGAGGAUGGGCAGGAAUAGGAAUAGGAGCAGGAAUAGGAGUAGGAGCAGGCGUAGGACUACGAGUCGGAAUUGGAGCAGGAGCAGGAGUAGGAGCAGGAGCAGGGAUAUGAGCAGGUGA